GUUGAUUCCUAGGCAUGGACAGGUACCAGAGGGUGGAGAAGCCUCGGAACGAGGCGCCAAUUAGCGACAACGAGAUCAGGAUCACGGCGCUCGGGAGGAUGAGGAACUACAUCGGCUACGGGAUGUCGCUGCUCGAGGAAAAUGGGCACGAUGAGAUUACUAUCAAAGCCAUGGGUCGAGCCAUAAGUAAGACAGUCAUGGUUGCUGAAUUGAUCAAGAGAAGGAUAGCGGGUCUCCAUCAGAACACAUCUACUGAAUCUGUUGAUAUCACCGACACAUGGGAGCCUUUGGAAGAAGGCCUUCUCCCGUUAGAGACAACUCGUCAUAUAUCAAUGAUUACCCUAACAUUGUCCAAGAAAGCGCUGGAUACAUCAUCUACAGGGUACCAGCCACCCAUACCAGCUGAAGAGGUCAGACCUGCUUUUGACUAUGAACAUGAAGGAUCCUUUCCCACUGGUCGUGGGAGAGGUCGUGGUGGACGUGGUGGUGGCAGAAGAGGCAGGGGGGGCAGAGCUAUGAGCAAUGGGCCUCCUCCUUAUGAUUGGGGUGAAGAGUGGGAGGAGGAUGGAUAUGAGUACACCAGUAGAGGCAGAGGGAGAGGUUGGCCAAGAGGACGAGGCAGAGGGCGUGGCUACUACGGAGGUGGUCGGCGUGGUGGCUAUGGCUAUGAUUAUGGUUAUGGUGGCAGGGGCGGGUACUAUGAAGAGCAGGGUGAAUACUUCGAUGGCGAACCCGAUGAGUAUUACCCCCCUCCAGGCCGCGGGCGUGGUAGGGGAAGAAGAAUGGAGCAGAGUGAAUACUUUGAUGGUGGACCAGAUGAGUAUCACCCCCUUCCAAGCCGUGGGCGUGGCAGGGGAAGAAGGGUCGAGCAGAACGAUUACUUUGAUGGCGAACCCGAUGAGUAUUUCCCUCCAGGCCGCGGUAAACUCCGCCCGACACACCAUGUUUCUGUGCCUUUUGCACACUAUGACCUGUCACCAUUCACACUCAGUUGCCUCGCAGGUCGUGGCAGGGGAAGAAGGGGAGGACCAUGGCGCGCCCGAGGCCGUGGGCGUGGUCCGAUGCUAGAUUAAGGCGGGGCUUGCCAAGUGCAAACCCUGAAGCACCGCUGCGCUUAAUUAUCUGAUACUAGUGUUUAGUCCCUGUUGCUCUGUAUGUGGGGCUCUCUGACGUGAAUCGUUUUGCCCUUUACAUACUGCCUCUGAUGCCGCAUGACUUGCUGGGCAGAUUUUGUGUGGCGUACUCGUGGUUUGUUUAGUUAGGCAGGCUUGUCAGCGAAGUACUUGAACACCCAGCAAUCAGGCUGUGAAAUAUAGGCUUCCAUCGUCCUGUUUAUAUAUCUCCUGUUUCAUCUA